GAGCAGGGAGUGAGACCAGGGAUGUGGUUGCAGUGCAGGGCAACAGGCAGCGGUGCAGAACGACAGGCAUCCUGAUUGACACAUUGGUGGAGAGAAAACUCAGUGUGAUCAGAAGAGAUAGUGUUUCUCUGGUAGAAACUAAAGAUGGCGGGAAAGAUACCUAAAGAUGAGAUGGAGGAGCUCAGAGAGGCCUUCCAGAAAGUUGAUACUAACAGUAAUGGUUUUAUCUGUGACUUGGAGCUGACUGACCUGUUUAAAGAAGCUAACCUGCCGUUGCCGGGAUACAAGGUCAGAGAGAUCAUUAAAAAACUGGACCGCAACAAAGACAACCAGAUCAGCUUCGACGAGUUCCUCUCGAUCGCCAAGGAGCUGAAGGGUGAUGACAUAGCAAAGAGCUUCCGGAAGGCCAUCAACAGGAAGGAGGGGAUUUUGGCUAUAGGAGGAACCAGUGAGCUGUCCAGUGAAGGAACACAACACUCAUUCUCAGAGGAGGAGCGUUAUGCGUUUGUUAACUGGAUCAAUGCAGCGCUGGAGAAGGACCCUGACUGUAAACACGUCCUCCCUAUGAACCCCAACACCCCCAACAGUUUGUUCACUGCUGUAGGAGACGGCAUCAUCCUCUGUAAAAUGAUCAACCUGUCAGUCCCAGACACCAUUGAUGAGAGGACAAUCAAUAAGAAGAAGCUCACUCCCUUCACCAUACAGGAGAAUCUCAACCUGGCUCUGAAUUCUGCCUCUGCUAUUGGUUGUCAUGUAGUGAACAUCGGAGCUCUGGAUCUGAGAGAGGGGAAACCACAUCUGGUACUGGGCCUGCUGUGGCAAAUCAUCAAGAUAGGGCUGUUCGCUGAUAUAGAACUCAGUAGGAACGAAGCCCUAGCUGCGUUGCUGCGUGAGGGAGAGAGUCUGGAGGAUUUGAUGAAGCUGUCUCCUGAAGAGCUUCUGCUCCGCUGGGCUAACUUUCACCUUGAGAAUGCUGGCUUCAGCAAGAUCAACAACCUCUCCUCUGACAUCAAGGACUCUAGGGCUUACUAUCACCUGCUGAACAUGAUCGCUCCUGACGGAAGCAAGGAGAACGAGCAACGCAUUGAGAUCAACAUGUCUGGAUACAAUGAGAAAGAUGACCUGCGUAGGGCAGAGAGUAUGCUGGUUCAGGCUGACAGGUUGGGCUGUAGACAGUUUGUGACCCCGACUGAUGUGGUCUGUGGGAACCCCAAACUCAACCUGGCCUUCGUUGCCAACCUGUUUAAUAAAUACCCAUCACUCACCAAGCCUGAGGGGCAGGACCUGGACUGGGCAAAGCUGGAGGGUGAGACGAGAGAGGAGAGAACCUUCAGGAACUGGAUGAAUUCUCUGGGAGUCAACCCUCAUGUUAACCAUAUAUACGGUGAUCUGUUAGAUGCGCUGGUCAUCCUCCAGCUGUAUGAGAGGAUUAAGGUUGCAGUGGACUGGGACCACAAAGUCAACCGCCCUCCCUACCCCAAGCUAGGGGCCAACAUGAAGAAGCUGGAGAACUGUAACUACGCAGUGGACCUCGGGAAGGCCAAGGCAGGGUUCUCUCUGGUCGGCAUCGGAGGACAGGACCUUAACGACGGAAACCCCACCCUCACCCUGGCUCUGGUUUGGCAACUGAUGAGGAGAUACACUCUGAAUGUUCUGGAGGACCUUGGACAUGGAGAGGCUGCUAACGAUGACCUCAUCAUCAACUGGGUCAACAGAACCCUGACUGGAGCCGGGAAGAACUCCAAGAUCUCCAGCUUCAAGGAUCGUGGUAUCAGCAGUAGUCUUCCUGUCCUGGACCUGAUUGACUCCAUCCAGCCACGCAGCGUGAACUAUGACCUUGUCAAGACUGGAACGCUCUCUGACGUCGACAGAUUGGACAAUGCCAAGUACGCUGUGUCCAUGGCAAGGAAGAUCGGAGCCCGUGUGUACGCCCUACCAGAGGACCUGGUGGAGGUGAAGCCUAAGAUGGUGAUGACUGUGUUCGCCUGCCUCAUGGGACGGGGUAUGAAGAGGGAAUAGCACUUCAGCCACACCAUCAGCCUGUGCCUCAGCCUCUAGCCUGUUUGCAAAAAGGCUUCUGGUUUAAACAAUGAAAACAGACAUAUUAUAUUAGAUACAUAUUGAAUGAAUGACAGUGGCCAUAUUGCUCCACAGCUGAUUUGAUGACUCUGUAUAUCUGCCUUUAACUUAAGACACUGUGUCACACUGUAUGUGAUGCUGUAGCUUUUCGUUGACCUCUGUGGUGAACAUUAGACUGGACUAUGGCUGUUAAAGGACAUAUCAUGUGGGGGAUGACUGGAAUCGCUCUCACAGUUCUUAUAGGAUUAGAGAGAGAGAGAUAGAGAUUGAGAGAGACAGAUGUAUAUAUAUAUAUAUAUAUAUAUAUAUAUAUAUAUAUAUAUAUAUAUAUAUAUAUAUAUAGAGAGAGAGAGAGAUUGAGAGAGACAGACAGAGAUAGAGAGAGUGUGUUGCUUUGAUUCAAAGAUUUUUCAUCGAAUGGCCUUAAGGUUCAGUCAUAAACGGGUCCCUAUGUCCCUAGUUUAGAUUAUUGACCAAAUUACACAAAACAUACCUACACAAUAGAGUAUUCCAUGUUAUUAGUAUGUUUGAUAUGUUAUUAGUAUGUUUUAUUGGUAUAUAUGGCAUCCCAUGUUAUUAGUAUGUUUUACUGGUAUAUAUGGCAUCCCAUGUUAUUAGUAUGUUUUACUGGUAUAUAUGGCAUCCCAUGUUAUUAGUAUGUUUUACUGGUAUAUAUGGCAUCCCAUGUUAUUAGUAUGUUUUACUGGUAUAUAUGGCAUCCCAUGUUAUUAGUAUGUUUUACUGCUAUAUAUGGCAUCCCAUGUUAUUAGUAUGUUUUACUGCUAUAUAUGGCAUCCCAUGUUAUUAGUAUGUUUUACUGGUAUAUAUGGCAUCCCAUGUUAUUGGUAUGUUUGACUGGUAUAUAUGGCAUCCCAUGUUAUUAGUAUGUUAUUAGUAUGUUUUACUGCUAUAUAUGGUAUCCCAUGAUAUUAGUAUGUUAUUAGUAUGUUUUACUGCUAUAUAUGGCAUCCCAUGUUAUUAGUAUGUUAUUAGUAUGUUUUACUGCAAUAUAUGGCAUUCCAUGGUAUUAGUAUGUUUUACUGCUAUAUAUGGCAUCCCAUGUUAUUAGUAUGUUUGACUGGUAUAUAUGGCCAUGCCUUUAACAGAAAGGUAGCCAAUCAACUAUGCAUAAACAAUCUUUUUUGUUGUUGAAAUUCUGUAGUCGUUGAAAAGCAAAGCUUUAAAUGUCCCUGACCAGUUAGUGUUGUGUAAUGGAACCUGUUAAAACUGUACUAUCGUUGCUGUGGUGAGGAAGGAUUUGGGGAGGAAACUGGAAGCCUGUCUGUGUUACAGAGUCCUGUCUAUACAGACGGCAUGCUGUUCCUGAACGGAUUAAAUACAACUCUUCAUGAUUUA